ACCUCCAUCCUCCUUAAACCCUUUCUGCAAUUUCCUCAUCAUUCUGUUGCUGUCCUGCACAUAAGUUUCUCUCAUUUCUCUUCCCCAUAAUGAAACCUCCAAGAGGAACACUGUCUUGGCCCAUCAUUUUUGCAGCAACAUGUACUCUUGUCUUCAUAGCCAUCUUUUAUGCAGAGAUAUUCAGUUCUUUCUCCUCCAGUUCCUUGUUCAAGUUCAAAUGCUGUCAUAAAAGGAAAACCACCCCAAAAUCUAGUGAUAAAAAAGCAGAGGAGAUAGGGCAUGCCUCGCUAACAGAUGAUAGAUUCGAGUUUGAUGCGGAAGAAUGCAAUGUUGCAAAUGGGAAAUGGGUAUUUAACAGGUCAAUAAAGCCUUUAUACUCAGACAGAAGCUGCCCAUAUGUUGAUAGACAGUUUUCUUGUGCCAAGAAUGGAAGACCAGAUUCUCGGUAUCUCCACUGGGAGUGGCAGCCAGAGGAUUGUAGCAUCCCUAGAUUUAAUCCAAAGCUUGCCCUCAAGAAGCUGCGAGGAAAGAGGCUACUAUUUGUUGGGGAUUCACUACAGAGAAAUCAAUGGGAAUCUCUUGUGUGCAUGGUCGAAUGGAUCAUUCCUUAUAAUCAGAAAUCCAUGAAACUCGACCGUAUCCAUCCAGUCUUCACAGCCAAGAAAUACAAUGCUUCUAUUGAGUUCUACUGGGCCCCAUAUCUUGUGAAUUCCAACACAGAUAUCAAUAUAAUAGGUGAUCCCAAGAAGAGGAUAAUAAAAGUAGAUUCAAUCACAGAGCGUGCCAAAAACUGGACUGGAGUCGAUAUCCUGGUUUUCAACACCUACGUUUGGUGGAUGAGUGGUGUCAGAAUUAAAUCCUUAUGGGGCUCAUUUUCCAAUGGAGAAGAAGGGUAUGAAGAAUUGGAUGCACCAGUGGCUUACAAGAUUGCUUUAAAGACGUGGGCCAACUGGGUAGACUCAACCAUUGAUCCAAACAGAACCAGGGUCUUCUUUACAACUAUGUCCCCUACACACACAAGAAGUCAAGACUGGGGCAGCAAGGAAGGAUUAAGAUGCUUCAACGAAACAAAACCAGUAAUGAAGAAGAAGUACUGGGGAAGUGGUUCUGAUAAGACCAUAAUGAGUGUGGUAGCCAAAGUGUUGAAGAAGAUGAAAGUUCCUGUACAAAUCAUCAACAUCACACAGAUAUCAGAGUACAGGAUCGAUGGUCACUCCUCAGUAUACACCGAAAAUGGAGGAAAACUGUUAACGGACGAGGAAAGAGCUGACCCCAAUAAUGCCGAUUGCAUUCAUUGGUGUUUGCCUGGGGUCCCAGAUACUUGGAAUCAAAUAUUUUUGGCAAUGUUAUAAUAAAUACGUAAAUAAGAUCUGUUCUCUCCCCCUCUCUCUCUUUCAAAGAGAAUUUCAGUAAUUUAUGCGUGCCAAUAUUCAUAAACAAACAGAUCCACCACAGAUGGUAAAAUACCAGAAUGAAUGAAGAUUACUGAA